AGCAGUUGAUCAAGCCCAGAAGCUGAAGAUUGGACAUAACCACAACACUUCAAGACUGAAAGUGAGAAAAAGAGACAGAGAAUACAUCUCAGACUGCAGACAGUGCGUGUUCAGUAUAUCAGUCAUGAAGACCCCAUUUUGGACCCUUCUACUUUUUAGCUUGUGCAGCCUGGGUCACAGUGACUGCCAGGGGGACUGUUUAACCUGUGGGCUCCUUCUACCCGAACAGCAAGCUUUUAAUACACUUGUGUGUAUCCUGGAAUGUGAUGCACAGGCGUCCCCAGCCUUAACCUGGGAUUUGUGUUAUCAAGCGUUGGGUUUGAACCAGCUUCAUCUUACAUUACAAGAGGAGGAAACAUCAAAGCGCUCUGAUAAUGAAAUAAUAGAGCCUGUGGCCACAGUCAGCAUAGAAAAUGAUAAUGGUGUCGAAUACACAGAGGCUUUGGAGCGGUUUCGGCACGCGGCACAAGCUCUCCGCAGCCAGGAGGCCACAGAGGACAUGGAGGCCCCACAGAAUUUGGGAAUUUUAUACGAUCCGGGGACGGAGGAAGAAGAGAAGAGCGACGACGCGGUUGUAAAUGUAUCCAAGCGAUUCGGAGGCUUUAUGAAAGGUCGCCACGGUUUCCGAAAGUUGGUGAGCUCCGGGAGGCCUCUGCAGAAACGCUAUGGCGGUUUCAUAGGGAUAAGAAAAUCCGCCCGGAAGUGGAACAACCAGAAGCGCGUGAGUCAGUUACUGAGGCAGUACCUGAGCUUGACAGGCCGUUCGGGGCGUUCCGGUCGAUCGGGUACCAUCAGCAACCUCUCCAAAAGAAUCUGAAGACAGAAUGACAUGUAGGGCUCUUUGUAGUAACGCUGGCUUUGGUCUUUCACUUACCUCAGCUCAGCUGCUCAUUGGCCAUCAGUGACUGCGACCUUAUUUCGACCCACAACCCUGAGCUAGAUUCAUUUGUGUUUAAUAAUCGAACAAGAGAAAUAUUUUGUGGAGUUGUUUUAAUUUUCAUGGUGCCUCUCCUGACAUAAAAACACAUUGAAAGUUGUUGUUAGGAAAGUACUGAUGUUAUUGUGGAAAAAAAAUAAAAGCAAAGCAGUAAAAACUUGAAUCGAGCACGCGCGUGAAUCGGUUACAAGAGAGCAGCGGGUUUAAUGAAGUCAGGGAUCAAGUUGGAUUUUUUUUU